AAUGAAAUUCGACGAAUUACCUUUGGAUGUCAAGCGAUUAAUUCUUCGCUAUAUGACGUAUGAUGAAACUGCUCGACUCCGACAGGUAUCAAAAGAAUUUAAUGUAAUAGGUCAGCAACACCUCAAUGCUGGCUUCAAGCAGGUUACAAAACGCCAUUCUGCUUUGGUUCAUCGCAUAAAGAGUAUAUUACCACGACGGGAAAGUGAGCGAAGAAAUCACGCAUUGUCCAGGCAUAAUGAAAUAUUAACGGCUGUUGAGACUAGAAUAUCUUUAUUAAAUAUGACUAUUAUGAAGCAUGUUACUGCAAAUCAGUGCUGCUUUAUAGCUGGGAAAGUUUUGGAUGAAUUUAAUACAGUAUUUGACCAAAUUGAAUGCAGUAUUAAUAGUUCACGUCCAAUAGCUCGAUCACAUGAAAUACUUACUGAGCUUAGAGAUAUUUCAUCGAUGGCAAUGGAACAUUUUGAUGAGCAUAUAGUUCCUCUUCUCAAAAAAAAGUUGCUCACAGAAUCUUCAAAACUCAAACGAAAUAUUGACAUCUCAUCACUCACUGAGGUGAAAUCUUUCAGCGAGAACUAUUUCGAUCAUCAUGAACAUCUCGUAAGGUGGUCUACUACAGUGGCAGCCCUUAGAGCUAAAGUUAACUCUUUUACUUCCAUAUGUCAACAAAAUAAGGUACAGGUAAAAUUACAAAGAGAGCAAAUUCGACGACUAGAAUCUACUGUUCGACAACAACAAGAUCAAAUUAAUACUCUCCUUGAAAAAUUGAAUUCUAAGCAGCUUGAAUCCUCUCUUGGGAAGCGAUCAUGUACCGAAUCUGACAAAGGCCCACAAAAGAAAAGAUGGAAAAUAGCAUGA